AUUUAUUAUUCACAUAGCAAUACAUUCAUGAUUUCCAUCAAAAUAAUGAUUUAAAAAGUGAAAAAUAAGUGUCAAAAUCUGUGGUUAUAUUGAAUAUAGUGUGGGUGUGUCUGAAGAAUGUCUUGUGGUUUCUUCGGCAGUGACUCUUCCGUUGAUUUUGACAAUAUUUCGCACGAAUUCCGACCCCAAAGACAGUUGCGGUUAAUAUGCGGCUACAACUCGUGGCAGUGGCUGUUCCUCAUACUGGCCACCAUCCAGGUGUCCGCAAUUGUC